ACUCAUUCGCUGGCUCAGUUCAGAAGAAUUCAGAUCUCGCGAUGUCGCUGUCGUUUUUGGCCAGUUUACUUGGACUCAGCAAUGACGAGGAUCAGCUGCAAUUGGCCUUUGACGAGGUGGAACGAGCCAGAGUUCCCUUUCGACAGGCAACGAACCUGAAAAUGUCUUCCCCGAUUCGCUACUACUAUGACCUGAUGUCGCAGCCCUCGAGGGCGUUGUUCAUUAUCUUCCGACUGAGCAACAUGCCCUUCGAAGACUGUGUGGUGGCCCUGCGGAAUGGCGAGCACUUGACCGAAGACUUCAAGCAGCAGAUUAACCGCUUCCAGCGCGUGCCCUGCAUCCACGACAAUGGCUACAAGCUGGCGGAGAGCGUGGCCAUCCUGCGCUACUUGAGCGCCAAGGGCAAGAUCCCGGAGCACCUCUAUCCCAAGUACUUUGUGGACCAGAGUCGCGUGGACGAGUUCCUUGAGUGGCAGCACAUGUCCCUGCGGCUCACGUGCGCCAUGUACUUCCGCACCGUGUGGCUGGAGCCGCUCCUGACCGGACGCACUCCCUCCGAGGCCAAGAUCGAGACCGUCCGCAUGCACAUGGAGCGCAAUCUGGACGUGGUCGAGGAGGUCUGGCUGGAGGGCAAGGACUUCCUCACCGGAUCCGCACUCUCCGUGGCGGACAUCUUUGCAGCCUGCGAAAUCGAACAGACACGCAUGGCUGACUACGAUGUUAGGAUCAAGUAUCCCAAAAUUCGGGCGUGGCUGAAGAGAGUGCGCCAGAGCUGCAACCCGCACUAUGAUGUGGCCCACGAGUUCGUCUACAAGAUCUCGGGAACGGGUCCACAGGCCAAGCUCUAAGAGCCACGAUUCACCGUGCCAUUUUGUACAUAGAUCAUUACCAUUUACGGGGACAGAUAUAUAGUUAAUAAACCUUGGGGUAAUUAAAACAACUUGCUUCCGGUUUAUA